CUCUCUCUCUCUCCCCUGACAACAGAGCCACCCACCCAUUCCCUCUCUGUAACACGCACGGACCGGCAACCGUUAAAAAAAAAGCACCGGUGAAACUCUACGGGACCCUCCAGCCUUCGGUUCUAGUAAUCCCGCGGUGUGACCUUUACCAUGGCGGCCAGUGCGAAACGAAAACAAGAGGAGAAGCACCUAAAGAUGCUGAGGGAAAUGACGAGUUUGCCUCCCAACAGAAAGUGCUUUGACUGCGACCAGCGCGGCCCAACCUACGCCAACAUGACCGUGGGCUCCUUCGUUUGCACCUCCUGCUCUGGCAUCCUACGAGGACUGAAUCCACCUCACAGGGUCAAGUCCAUCUCCAUGACAACCUUCACGCAACAGGAAAUAGAGUUCCUACAGAAACAUGGCAAUGAGGUGUGUAAACGGAUCUGGCUUGGCCAUCAUGAUGAAAGAACCGCCUCAGUACCCGACUUCAGGGAACCACAGAAGGUUAAGGAGUUCCUUCAAGAGAAAUACGAGAAGAAGAGAUGGUAUGUUCCUCCUGAGCAGGCCAAAGUAGUAGCAACCGUCCAUGCUUCAGUCUCUGGCUCCUCAAACAGCAGCACCAGCAGCACCCCGGAGGUUAGGCCGCUGAAAUCCCUGCUGGGGGAGUCGGCCCCCUCCCUACACCUCAACAAGAACACCCCGCCUAAUCAGUCUCCAAUCGUGAGCCGUGGACAAACCCACCAGCAGCAGUUCCAUGACAAAAGGUUCGACCUCCUCAGCGACCUGGGGGGAGACAUCUUUGCCGCACCGUCCAACAUGAACGCAGGAGCCAGCUCCGGUUUUGCUAACUUUGCACUUUUCAACAGCCACAAAACAGCACAGAGUGCCAACGCAAACGCUGACUUUGCUAAUUUUGAUGCGUUUGGGAGCACCUCUGGGUCGACGGGUGGUUUCCCCUCCGCGCCCCAAGCCCCAGUCCACCCCUCAAGUACAGCAUUCAAUGUGCUUUCAUCCAGCCGCAGUAUGGGUAGCGCCUCAGGUGGACUAGCAAAUACCAAUUUUGCAGAUUUUGACAACUUCCCCAAAUCGUGUAGCGCUGACUUUGGAUCCUUGCAGAGUAACUCCACAGGAGGCGGCAGAGACGCUGUACAGAGUACUAGCCUCCCUGCCGAUAGAUACGCAGCCCUGGCUGACCUGGAUAACGGGUUUAGCUCUGCCAAAACAGAGCAAGGAGGUGGCGUCCCUGUCGGGGUGAGCUCUGCCGCCACUGCUGCAGGAGCUGCUGGUUUGCGUCAGAAGCAGCUAGCAAUGCAAGGAGGGGGAGACCGUUACGCUGCUCUAGCUGAGCUUGAUACUGUCUUUGGCCCCUCAGUCCCUGCCGCUAGUGUUUACAACCCCACCAGCACCUCUCAAGGCGGUUUGUUUGGCCCUGAGUCCGGGAUGUCAACAGCACACGCACAGCAGGCGCUGCCUGGCAUGGCUCAAGGUUUCGGUGCUCAGUCGACUAAUCCGUUUGUGGCCGCACCACCAGCAGCAGCAGCAGCAGCUCCCACCAACCCGUUCCAGAGUAACGGCAGGACAGGCAAUAUGGCGGCGGCGGCGGCAGCAGCAGCCGCAGCAUCAUUUGGCACAGGCUCUAUGAGCAUGCCAGCUGGAUUCGGGAAUCCUGCAGCCUUCAACCUCCCCACCAGCUUUAGUGGAACGUUCCAACAACCCUUUCCUGGCCAGGCUCCCUUUCCUCAGCCGCCUGCAUAUCCCCAGCAACCCAACGGAGGAGGAUUUCCAGCCUUUGGUCAGACCAAGCCUGUUGCGACUCCUUUCGGGCAGGCAAUGGCUGCACCUAUGGUCUCUAGCAACCCUUUCCUGGGCUCGGGUCCAUCUGCACAAUAUCCAGCCGGGGGCUCCUCUACGAACCCCUUCUUAUAGCGAUCCACCCAAUCAGCUCCACUACAGGGUCAACAACAAGCGCGCUUGCACUUAUUGCACUGUUUGGUUUCACAAGUAGCUUUAAACACAAUGUUUGUAAGGAUUUGUAUUUUCUAUCCGUUUGUCACGAAUGGAACAACUUGACAGUCAUGCACACUUAUCAUUGGCUACAAAUCAAGUGAUGGUGUUUGCGGAGGGAGAGUUGAUCUCCUUCCCUCGGUUUAACCUGUGAACUGGCCACUACUGAACCACAAUGUAUAACGAAACUGGCUGAAAACUUUUAAGUUAUUGCAUAAAGUGUAUCCCAUUCAUUAUGCUGCAAUUCUGUACAUAUUCAUUUUCUUUUUGGAAAUUGGCGCUUUGUGCAUAUCAUUUGUAUCUUACACAUGAGAUUUGUUGAGACAGAACU